AUGAAUCGCACGCUGGUCGAGUGUGCGCGUUGCAUGAUGGAACACGCUGGACUGGGAAAGAGCUACUGGGGUGAAGCAGUGAUGACGGCGAUGUUUCUUCGAAACCGCUGUCCAACACGUGUCAUUCACCAAGACAAGUCUCCAUAUCAAGUGUGGACGAUGAAGAAACCGAUUCUGGCCAACCUUAAAGUGUUUGGAUGCCACGCGUAUGUUCAAGUGCCUCAAGACAAACGCGCGAAGUUCGACUCCAAGUCAUCACUCUGUCGUUUCCUGGGAUACGCCGAACACCAGAAGUCAUAUCGAUUUGAGGAAGUGUCAACAGGAGCGAUCAAGAUCAGUCGCGAUGCCACAUUCAUGGAAGACAAGUUUGAUGAAGGUCCGCGCAACUACAACGAUGAGUCAAGUGUCGUUGAGUUUGAUGAUCAUGACGAGGACGAAGAAAAAGAAGAAGGUAAAACUGACGACGACAUGGACUCGAGCGACGAUGACAACGAAGACACCAGGUCUUCGAAGAGCAACAUCAAGAGACACACGCGCACUCAAUCACUUGAGAAAGCUACCGUCAUUCAAGUCCCAAGCGAAGAACAUACAGAGGUCCGUCGCUUGAGCAUGUGUCAGCGGCUGCAAUGGAUUUUGAAGCAGCCUGCAUCGUUGAUUCAGUGGGGGAUGAUGAACUUUAGACUUCUUGGUCCGAGUGCAAAACGCAAAGUGAAUAUAUAUUUAUAA